UGUUCUUGAUUGUAGAGGAGAGGAAUCUGUAUAUAAAGAAAGGACAAUGGGCAGGGAUCUGCAAAGAGAGGGGUCAUGAAGGAGGAAAGAUGCCCUUCAGGAGAAGGAGGCUGCCGUUGUGUGAAUUAGAUGAGGAAACAAGAUGAACAAGAUCUGUUAACUCAGGAGGGGGGGGAGAGAAAGAAAGAAGGGAAGAGCGAGUGGAGAAGAGAGAAAAAGAAGGGAGGGGAAGAGAGAAAGAAGGACGGGUGAGGGAUAGGCCCAAGCCUGUCAGUGGCCUGAAGGGAACGAGCAGCCAUGGUGGUGGCAGCAGCAAGGGAGGGCCCAGUCAACUACUACUGCUGUUUGGGGCUACCAAGGCCAUUGGCGGAGGUUUAUUGCUCGGAAGAGAUAAUACCUCUUGCUUAGUACAGCAUAUGGCCACCAAGAACGAUGGCAGCCCCAUCUGAGAAUGCUGUGAGCCCUGAAGCAAAUCAAAGCGGGAAGCCAUUCUAUGGAUUGUUUCAGUAUAAUCAGAAUAUGAUUGGACUGGAAUCCUUACCUGAUCCUUCAGAUACAUGGGAAAUUAUUGAGACAAUUGGAAAGGGGACGUAUGGCAAGGUCUAUAAGGUUGCUAACAAGAAGGAUGGGAGUCUGGCAGCAGUGAAAAUUCUAGAUCCUAUCAGCGAUGUGGAUGAGGAAAUCGAAGCGGAAUACAACAUUUUACAAUUUCUUCCUAAUCAUCCCAAUGUUGUUAAAUUUUAUGGAAUGUUUUACAAAGCAGAUCACUAUGUGGGUGGACAGCUCUGGCUUGUUCUUGAGUUGUGUAAUGGAGGUUCUGUCACAGACCUUGUCAAAGGCCUGCUGAAGUGUGGCCAACGGUUGGAUGAAGCUAUAAUCUCAUACAUCUUAUGCGGUGCUCUCCUGGGCCUUCAGCACUUACACAACAACCGAAUCAUUCACCGUGACGUCAAGGGGAACAACAUUCUCCUGACAACAGAAGGAGGAGUCAAGCUUGUUGACUUCGGUGUUUCUGCACAGCUCACCAGCACCAGGCUGAGGAGAAAUACAUCAGUGGGAACCCCAUUUUGGAUGGCUCCUGAGGUCAUUGCUUGUGAACAACAGUAUGACUACUCCUAUGAUGUUCGGUGCGAUGUAUGGUCCCUUGGGAUCACAGCUAUUGAAUUGGGGGAUGGAGAUCCACCCUUAUUCGACAUGCAUCCAGUGAAAACACUUUUUAAGAUCCCAAGGAAUCCCCCUCCUACGUUGCUACAACCAGAAAAAUGGUCCAGAGGGUUUAACCACUUCAUUUCACAGUGUCUUAUCAAGGAUUUUGAAAAGCGUCCAUCUGUCACACACCUUUUAGAACAUCCCUUCAUAAGACACACCCAAGGUGAAGACAUGGCACUUCAGAAACAGCUGGCUGAUCUCAUCCAAGCACAACAAGAGUUAGGCUCUGUAGCCAAGACAAGACAUGAGCGAAUACACACUCGAAGGCCAUAUCGUGUUGAUGCUUCUGACAAAUAUUCUCCAGAUGAUGAUCUAGUAAACCUUGAAGUGUUGGAUGAGGAUACAAUUAUUCAUCAGUUGCAGAAGCGCUAUGCAGACUUACAAAUUUAUACUUAUGUUGGAGAUAUCUUAAUAGCCUUAAACCCCUUUCAAAAUCUCAGCAUAUAUUCUCCACAGUUUUCCAAGCUUUACCAUGGUGUGAAGCGUUCCUCAAACCCACCCCACAUAUUUGCCUCUGCAGACGCUGCUUACCAAGGCAUGGUUACUUUUAACAAAGACCAGUGCAUUAUCAUCAGUGGAGAAAGCGGCGCUGGGAAGACUGAAAGUGCCCAUCUCAUUGUGCAGCAUUUGACCUUCCUGGGAAAGGCGAAUAAUCGUGCUUUACGGGAGAAGAUUCUACAAGUGAACCCUCUGGUUGAAGCCUUUGGGAAUGCCUGCACUGCCAUCAAUGACAACUCUAGUCGUUUUGGAAAAUACCUGGAAAUGAUGUUUACACCCACAGGAGCUGUAAUGGGAGCCAAAAUUUCUGAAUAUCUGCUAGAAAAAUCCAGAGUCAUAAAGCAAGCUGUAGGGGAGAAAAACUUUCAUAUAUUUUAUUAUAUUUAUGCUGGCCUUUUCCAUCAGAAGAAGCUCUUUGAAUAUAAACUUCCUGAGAAAAAGCCUCCUAGGUAUAUUGAUAAUGACACUGGAAGGGUGAUGCAUGAUAUUAUUAGUAAAGAAUCCUAUAGAACACAAUUUGAAGCAAUUCAGCAUUGCUUUAGGAUCAUAGGUUUUACUGAUGAGGAAGUGCACUCGGUGUAUCGAAUUCUGGCUGGUAUCUUAAAUACAGGAAACAUUGAAUUUGCUGCCAUUUCUUCACAACACCAAACUGAUAAAAGUGAAGUGCCCAAUGCCGAAGCCUUAGAUAAUGCUGCUGCACUGCUGAGCAUCGGCUCAGAAGAACUUCAAGAAGCUCUUACCUCGCAUUGCGUUGUAACACGAGGAGAGACUAUUAUCCGGACAAACACAGUGGACAAAGCAGCUGACGUGCGAGAUGCCAUGUCAAAGGCACUUUAUGGCCGACUCUUCAGCUGGAUCGUAAAUCGUAUUAAUACCCUACUGCAGCCUGAUAAAAAUAUAUGCAAUGCAGAAAGUGGAAUGAAUGUUGGGAUCCUGGAUAUUUUUGGAUUUGAGAACUUCACAAGGAAUUCAUUUGAACAGCUGUGUAUAAACAUUGCCAAUGAGCAAAUCCAGUUUUAUUUCAAUCAGCACAUCUUUGCACUUGAACAGAUGGAAUAUCAGAACGAAGGUAUUGAUGCUCCUGUGGUUGAAUAUGAAGACAACAGACCACUCCUAGACACAUUCCUCCAGAAACCAAUGGGGCUGCUUUCUCUGCUUGAUGAAGAAAGCCGGUUUCCUCAGGCAACAGACCUUACUUUAGUUGAUAAAUUUGAAGAUAAUUUACGAUGCAAGUACUUCUGGAGACCCAAACGAGUGGAGCUGUGUUUUGGCAUUCAGCACUAUGCUGGAAAGGUACAAUAUGAUGCUUAUGGCUUCCUUGAGAAGAACAGAGACACUCUUCCCGCGGACAUAGUGGUGGUGCUGAGAACGUCAGAGAACAGACUUCUUCAGCAGCUCUUCUCGAGCCCUUUAACCAAAACAGGUAACUUGGCUCAGACGCGAGCAAGAGUGACAGCGGCAUCUAGGUCUUUGCCGCCACAGCUCAGUGCUGGUCGUAUCAAGUCUCCAAAGUACCUCCUCAAGGUUGACACCAUGGAAAUUAUGAGACACCCUGAAGAAACAACUAACAUGAAGAGACAAACAGUGGCUUCCUAUUUUAGGUAUUCUCUGAUGGACCUGUUGUCCAAAAUGGUGGUUGGGCAGCCACAUUUUGUUCGCUGUAUCAAGCCCAAUGAUGAUCGAGAGGCUCUGAAAUUUUCCCAGGAAAGAGUUUUAGUGCAGCUGCGCUACACUGGCAUACUAGAGACCAUCAAUAUACGUCGGCAAGGGUAUUCUCACCGCAUUCUCUUUGAUGAGUUUGUGAAAAGGUAUUACUACAUUGCUUUCAAGGCACAUGAGACUCCUCUUGCCAGUAAAGAAAGCUGCAUUGCUAUCCUGCAAAAAGCCAGGUUAGACAAAUGGAUACUUGGGAAAACAAAGGUUUUCUUGAAGUAUUAUCACGUUGAACAAUUGAACUUAUUUCUGCAUGAAGUCAUAGGAAGGGUGGUGAUAAUGCAGGCUUAUACCAAAGGCUGGCUUGGAGCAAGGAGGUACAAGAAACUCAAAGAGAAAAGAACAAACUGUGCCAUUGCCAUUCAAUCAGCCUGGAGAGGAUAUGAUGUACGCAGGAAGUUCAAGGAUAUAAAGAACAGAAGAAUUGAUGCUGCUAUUCAUAUUCAAGCAGCUUUCAGGGGGUACCUAGCUCGUAAAGAUUAUACUCAGAUGAAAAACAGCAUUAACUGCACAACAGACACUGAGUCUAUGAGCUUUGCUUCCAGUCCAAGUUGUGAAGAAAACUGGCAGCAGAGUAUCAGCCCAACUUCUCCUGCAGAACUGGAUUUUCUUGACAAACAAACAAGCAAGGGAUCUGUUGAUACUUCGGCAUCUUUGGUUGUCCAUAUGAAGGAAUCACUGCCCCACAGCCAGUCUCAUGCAGUUACAGAUCCUCAGUUCUCUUGUCCACUGAGCCCACAUAAAACACAAGGUUCGGAAAACUGUCUUGAACAGAAGCUGAAAACGCCCCGUCGAAGAUGUCAGCAGCCCAAAAUGCUGAAUAGCCCCGAGGACAACAUGUAUUAUAACCAGUUAAAUGGAACUCUAGAAUAUCAAGGGAGCAAGAGGAAGCCAAGAAAACUUGGGCAGAUAAAAUUGCUUGAUUGGGAGGAUGAGUAUUACAAAGCCUUGGCAGCUGUAGACUGCAUCACAGAGGAAGACAAUGCAUUCCAAGCUCUUUCUUCCUCCAGAGGAGUGUCCUUUCAGAGUUGAACUUUUACCACCGAACUCCUUUGGUACAAUGCUGGUUGCCUUUGUCCCCCCUUCUCUGUGGGAAAAGGAAGGAGGAAAAAGGGCACAAGCUGCUCCUGUAGGGAAGGGAACACACUGCCAAGAAGCCUGAAUCAGCUCCCACCUCCACAUCUCUUCCACAGCCAUUGCUCUUGCUGCUCCUGUCUCUGGCAAGAGAGAGGCCUGUGACUUUGCCUUGCUGUUGUUGUCUUAGCCCAACCCUGUCAGGGUAACUGGAAACAGGACUUCUAGAGAACUUUGUCUUGCCUCUCCAUGGCCAAACUGAGAGGAGAGAUACCCAAACCCUCCUCCUCCUGCUGUUGACCUGUGACUGUCCUGGGCCAGAGAAGAAUGGGUUAACGUUACUCCCAGUCCUCUCCUAUAUUUUGUUCCCUGGACUCUGCUUCAAGAGCUCUCAAUGUUCCUCUCUUCUGUCUCUUUCCCUGACUUUGUGUAAUGUUUGUAUUGAUGCUAUUUGGCCUUGAUGUAUCUUCUAAUAACUGAACACACAUUUCAGUAAUAAAUAUAUAUAUAGUCCUGU